GAUUUGGAAUUUAUACCAAACUCACUACAUGUGUGGAUUACCCAUUUAAAAAUCAGGUACCAAUCUAUGUGUAUACUUGUAUGUUUUAACCAAUUAAUUUGUUCAGUGGCCUUAAAUGGAUCAAUAGUUGGCCAAACAUCUAUUGGAACGAGGAGUGACACGUGUUUAAAAUUCGCAAUGUGAAAUACAAGUCUUCCGUUUAAAUAAAAAUAUUACUGUCGUUCGAAUGCACGUGUAAGAACUUGAUGUGAAUGCAUACAAUGCAUACCAGAUAUAUAAAACCUUAUUUUACUUUACAAAUAAGCUACGAUUAGUUAUGCCAUAUCGGAAACACAUUUCUCUAGCGACUUUAUAUUCAAAUGAUUGGAAUCCCCUUGUGUUAUUUUUAAAAUCGAAACUGGAAAAGUGUACGCCUAUGAAUAAUAAUAAGCAUAAAUCAGAGUGAAAUACUGGGGUAAACUAAAUUAUCAAAAAAGAGAAAUAUAAGUCAGUAAUUGAAAGAUGGAAGUGGUCAUAUUAUUCCUAACUCUCAUAUACAUGUAUGGGACUCUAUUUUCGUCUGUCCAGCAAAAUCUAAAGCUUAACCAAUCAAUGGCGGAGUCACGUGUUGUCAAUGUAAUGGGAAGAAGUGUAUCUUUAGCCGAAACAGCUAAUCAAUAUUCAAAAAGCAGAUUUCCCGACUUUAUGCGCCAUUUAAUCGAACACAACAGAAUGGCAGUACCUCAAAAAAGUUCCCGUGUAAAGAGAAGCUUAAGUUGGCCAGUUCAAGAUUUAGGCAUACACAAAAAUGGAGUGACUAUUUAUACUACAGAAGGGUGUACCUCCGUAUGUCGGAAGACCAUUUUUUCAAAGCUGCAAGAGAUGGACAAUAAACUAGGACACUUAUUAUUAGAAGUUCAAAAAAUGAAAUCUAAACAUCCUGUCAAGAAAAGAUCAGCCGUGUCUAGAAGGAAAAAAAUUGUAAGGAGUAAGAAAUCUUUGAACAGGGGAUUAACAUGUGACGAAAGGGAAUCACACAUGCGAUGUCAGCAGCAGAAAACACUAACCAUGGGAAAAGAAGGCAUCAGAUAUUUUGAAGAACAUUUCUUAGAAAAAAUGUUGGCAAGCUUAUUGACAGACUAUAGAACAAAAGAAAUGAAGAGGAGAAAGUCAACCACAGUAAAAGAAGUUAACUCAGUGGACACAAAAAUUGAAAUGUUACUGGACAGUUUUAUGUACAGGGAUUAUUUUAAUGGUCGCUCAGAUGGGAGAAAAAAUGUAGCUUUGCAUCCACUCAUAGCAACCUCCAGAAACCUCGACGAGUUUGUGGCAAAAGAAUUAUCCAGCGGUACUCGGCAAUCAACCAAUCAUCCAUCCGAGGAAGCUUCUAGGUCGAGCUCAAACGAAUCAUUAUCAUCGUCCGAAGGGCCACACUCCAUGAAUCUAGAACUGGUUCGUCUGGGGACAUUUAAAAAUUUCCCCCUCUCAAGGUCUGUUUCCGCCUUCAAGCUUGCAAAAGAAGGCUUCUAUUACAUAGGCCAGGGAGAGGAUGAUCUAGUCAUUUGCUUUGCAUGUAAAUCGGAGAAAAGGGGAUGGAGAGAUGGAGACAUACCCAGAGAAAUUCACCAGCAAAUGUCUCCACAAUGUCCCUUACUGAAUGAGCAAAGUGUGAAUGUCCCAGUAGGAGGGAGUCUGAACAGUCUUAAUGGAAACCACCAACAACAUUCAAACACAGAACAAGUGAGUGAAACCUCGGAUAAUGAAAGAAACAAUCAGCAUUCAAACUCAGAGCAAGUUAAUGAACCUUCACAAAGGACUAUACCACAAAAUCUAUCUGAUCCACAAACUACAGAAAUUGGAAGACGAUCGGAAGAAACUGGAACAGAAUCAACUGUUGAACAAGGCUCUGGAAGUAUAUCUGGGUCACCAACACUUGACCGUGACCACUUAGUCCCAGCAUCCAAUAGAAACACAGAGAGGAGUGAAACAUUGUCCUCCCAGAAUAAUCAAAGUACUGAGAGUCAGUCAAACCCAAAUCACAAAAAGUCAAGAGCCAUUCAAGAACAGAUCAAUGCAUUUUUAAGAAAUUUAGAUCCCCUAGGAAUCAAUUUUGACCGUGCAAAAUAUCCUGCAUAUGCUGUUCUGGCAACAAGGGUCAGCUCAUUUCAAGAUUGGCCGACUAGCUUGACGCAAACACCGCAAGUUUUGGCCCUGGCAGGAUUUUUCUAUGCAGGUUAUGGGGAUUACACACGCUGUUUCUUCUGCGGGGGAGGAUUACGUAAUUGGGAGCCCGGAGAUGAUCCUUGGACAGAACAUGCCCGAUGGUUUCCAAAAUGCGCCUUUGUUAGACAAAACAGAGGAGACGAGUUUGUUGCAUUGGUACAAAUUAGGCACCAAGAGCUUGAAGCUCUAGAGGCGAUGGGAGAGGAAUCCACUGCUGCAUCAUCUGUUGAGCAGAGCAGUUCAGUUGAGCAGAAUGGAGGAUUAUCGAGUGGAUCAAGACAAACCGAUAUCACAGCAUUUCCAUCUUUUCAAAGUGUCCUGGAAAUGGGUUACCCUGAGAGUGAAAUUAGAGAAGCAUUUAAUCAGUUGAGAGGGACAAAAGAUCCAGAAGACAUCACUGGGAUGGAUCUUAUGGAGGUCAUUUUAAGAAAAGAAGAUAGAACAAAUGGACUGGACAUCCCCCCUCCAAUUCACAGCCCGAGACCAGCCAAUGAAAGUCAAUCUAGAAAUCCAAGUGUUGAUCACAAUACACCUGACAUAUCUCAGGGAGGUCAAUUGAAGGCAGCAAUUGGGCCCACCCCACAGGAAACUUCAGAAUCUGGGGCCCAUGAGAAAACACAAAAAAAUCAGGACAAAGAUGCUGCUACAUCAAACACAGAAGAAAAGUUUGAUUCUCUGAAUGAUGCGCUGGCACCUGCAAUGUCUCUUGAAGAUACUCGUUCACUAAUGGAGGAGAACAAAAAACUGAGGGACCUAAGGAUGUGUAAGAUCUGUAUGGAGAAUGACGCCUCCAUCGCCAUGUUGCCGUGCGGACAUCUUUGUUGUUGUGCAGAUUGUGCCCCCGCCAUGAGGAAGUGUCCAAUAUGUCGGCAGUUUGUGAAGGGGACUGUCCGUACUUGGCUUGCGUAAAGGUCAAGGUAAAAGGUAACAAUUUAACCCUUUUUUGUUGUUGAUUGGUGUAAAAUUUUCAACCCUAUCAAUGAAUUAAAGGGUUAAGAUCAAAGGUUAUAUCCGUUUUCCUAAUCUUAAUAGAUGGAAAACAAAAGAAAAAUGAUGUGGUGGGUGAGAGUCGCAACUCCGAUUCUUUAUUCAUGUCGCGUGUCGUCGCUUACGUUUCUUGUGAUAUUGAUAUUGGUGCUGCCUUUGAAACUGCAUAAACAUGAACAUGGAAGAAAUGAUUUGCCAUCUCAGGAUCCAGAUUUAGCUCCUGCGCGCAUCUUGAUUUUGUACGAAACAGUAUCGCCUAACUUCUGGUGGAACUAUUCCCUCUACAAUGUGUGUGCACCUCCCAGUGGUCAGUGAGAGAGAUUUUUUAUAGGAAAUACCUGGUAAUCUGAAGCUUCAAUAGAUGGAUAUUUUAUUCAUGUCAACAAUGAUUUUUUGCAAAGAAUCUGCAACACUGAUAUUUACUGUUAUAUUUUAUUGAAUUUAGAACUAUAAAAAUAGUAAAUAGUAAAAUGGUAUUGACCAGUGUAUUAGAAGAAUAUUGGAAAUAUCAAAACUGUUAAUCUUAAUCAUGAUGGACAAAAAGAAACUGAAGCCCAUUUUAUAUAUUAUAUAUACCAGACUCAGCAUAUAUUUAUUUAAACCUAAAGGUAACUGCAUGGUGCUUUACAAUUUUUCAACAUGGAGCAUUGUGAAGUUAUAUAAUCUUAUAAGUCUUUCAAAAAAGGUUGUUGUUAAUUAUUGUUAUAUAUUUUAAAUUGUUACUUGUUGUUAAUUAAUACCUUUGGUUGGUAUAUAUAUUAAUGGGCAUUUUUUUGUUGACUGUAUGAACAUUACCUUCUUGUAUUCAUAUAUUGUACAUUUAUUCAUAAGGUUGUUAAUACAUGUAUUUAGUGGAUAUACUAGCUGUAAUUUGUUAAAUGCUAGAUAUUUUUUAUUAGUUUGUUAUUUGUGUGUAAAAGUCUUAUAUGAAAUUGUUGAAGUCUUUCAUGGAAUUGUUGAUGUCUUUUAUAAAGUGCCAUUUAUUUAUUAUUUACAUCUGUUACAGAUUUGUUUAAGACAAAUUAAUGAAUUAUAGAGUUCUAUUUUUACAAAUUACUUUAUCUUGUUUUCACAAUGAUCCAUUUGGAUGGAUUUAGAUUUUUGUAUUCCAUAUAUUGUAUUAUUUCUAAUCAUGCUAAAAAUCAGAUUAUUAUAUAUUUUUGAUAUUUUUAUCUAAACUUACUUUAUGUUUUUAAGUAAGUCAGCGGUAUAUAGUUAUUAUCAAGAUGUCAGCAGGUAGGACAGUUGAAUUUUUUAAUUGUUUUGUUUUUUGUUGAUAUAUUUCACGCUAUUAAGUUUAUUUUUUUUUUAAAUAUCAAAAUAAAUUGUUCUUCUAUCCAUUUAUAAUAUAUCUUUUCCUUUUAUUUUUCUUUUGUUUUCACAUGAAGUGAAAGAUUUAUCUAAGUACAAUGCAUGUAGCUGGAGUGCUAGAAUAUUCAAUUUUUAAUUUGUAUAACUACAAUGUAUAAUUAAGUAUAAUUAUUGGUGGUACUAUCAUGACUAUGCAUUCAAUUUUGGAGUGAGAAUCCAGUUAGUUAUUAAACUUUAAUUUUUGAAGUUAUUCAUCUUUAGGGUAAUGAUAUAUCAAAAUCAGAAUUAGUUUAAAGGAAAAAAGAAUGGUGGGUCAUAAUUUAGAAUGAUGUUGAAAUUGGAACAAAGUGGAGUAUUCUAAAUUCUGACU